AUGAUACCUAUUGUAUUAAACUCCCAGUCGGUGAGUGGUAUCACCGGCUCCAUUUCGAUCGCAUGCUGGAUUAUCGUCUUUGUGCCACAAAUAUAUGAGAAUUUCUACCGGAGCUCGGCGGAAGGUCUGUCGCUGCUCUUCGUAGUCUUGUGGCUGCUAGGUGACAUAUUCAACUUUUUCGGAGCCGUUCUACAGGGUCUUCUUCCGACCAUGAUUAUCUUGGCCGGAUACUAUACUAUCGCAGAUGUCAUACUGCUGGCUCAAUGCUUGUUCUACGGGGGAGAAGAGCAAGUGGACCCCGUUCAUUUGUCGCCUGCCAACCCUAUGAAUGACAGAGUUCUGGAAGAUGUCUUCCAUGAACGCCAACCUCUAUUGAACAAAAAACAUCACGACCACGCUACAAUCAACCCUGCAGACUCUGCUGGCGCAUCAUCGUCUUCCACUAUCGCUCAGUUGGACGCCGAAGCUGAAGUUGCGGAUAGCCCUAUGAAAAACUACAUCAUCAAUACAUUGCUAAUUUGCGGAGUAUUCCUCGGUGGGUUUCUUUCCUGGUACAUUUCCUACUUGAAAGAUCCCAACCCAAUUACAAUUGAACCUGACCUGCACAUGAAUUGGAUGGCUCAAUUUUUUGGCUAUUUGAGUGCUGUGCUCUAUUUGAGUUCCCGUGUUCCACAGAUCCUACUCAAUUUUCAACGUAAGUCCUGCGAAGGUAUAUCUUUUCUGUUUUUCCUCUUCGCAUGUAUUGGAAACAUCACCUUCAUCAUUUCCGUUCUCAGCAUCUCCUUGGAAUAUCGCUACCUACUGGUGAAUGCUUCGUGGCUGAUUGGUAGUUCGGGUACUUUAUUGAUGGACUUUGUCAUCUUUUUACAGUUUUUCGCCUACAGAACGGACACUGUUCAAACUACCGGAGUCUCAGUUUAA